UCCGUUUCUUCUGUAAUUUUGCAAUCAGACAGAGAAAGAGAGACCUUGUUUGGGGAAAAGAAGAAUCUUACUCGAGACAGCAAUCUCUGAAUCUCUCGAUUAUCCAGGUCAAAAAAAAUUUAAAGAAAAUGUCGUCGGGGAAGAUCAAGAAUGAAGCGAGUAGCAGUAACAACAGUAUAGCUGAAACUGUUGUUUCUGAUGUUGGUAGAAGAAAGAGUACCUGUGGUUAUUGUAAAUCAUCUGCCCGUUCCAGUGUUACUCAUGGUCUAUGGGCUCAAAGCAUUACAGUGGAUGACUACCAAGAUCUUCUUGACCGAGGUUGGAGGAGAUCUGGGUGUUUUCUUUACAAACCUGAGAUGGAUAAGACAUGUUGCCCAGCAUAUACUAUCCGUCUAAAGGCAGCUGACUUUGUUGCUUCCAAAGAGCAGCUUCGCGUGUCUAAACGAAUGCAAAGGUAUCUAAAUGGCACAUUAGAUCAGAAAAAGCCAGAUAUAUUGAUGGAUGGUUCGGAUACGUCUAUCUCCACAGUCAAGAAAUCCUCCACUGGUAGUUCUGCAGGAAACAGUGAGGAAGAGAAAUUUCUUCAGCACUUAUCAAGCCAAAUUGACUUUGUUGUACAUGCAUGGGCUGUAAGUGAGGGCUUUCCUUCAGAUAUACAACUACCAAAGGCUACUAUGAAAAAGUUUACGAAUGCCAAAAAGAAGCAAAUUGGAGGAUCUGAAGAUAUCUUGUACUCUAGCAACAUUUCAUUUCAGAUAGCGGCGAUCUUUAAGCGGUCUAAAUUGGCAGAGCAAGAUACUAACAUGCUUGGAGUAUCGCAAACUGGUGCAAAUCAAAAUGGAAUGUCUUCUGAGCUUUCACCAAAAUUUAUUGCUGAAAGGCUAGCAUGUUCUUUGAAUCAGCUGGAGGAGUUUACUGUUUUGUCGGCCAGAGCUGUUAAUGGGCACCUUAAUUUCUACUCUGCUGAAACACCAAUUCACACAGGUCAAGUGCCCGGAACCACGAUAGUCUCUAGCAACUCUCCUAGAACCUUCCGAAUUAAGCAAUGUUCCAUGGUGGAGAGCACCAAAUCUCCCCAGCAAAAAAGGCGGAGGCUUGAGAUGCGUUUAAAGAGAUCGAGUUUUGAUCCUGAAGAAUAUGAUUUGUAUAGAAGGUAUCAGAUAAAAGUGCACAAUGAUAAACCUGAAGAUGUCAAGGAAAGCUCGUAUAGAAGAUUCCUUAUUGAUACUCCCAUAGUGUUUAUUCCUCCAUCCGGCAAUAGUUCAGUUCCACCUUGUGGUUUUGGUUCUUUCCAUCAGCAAUAUCGGAUCGAUGGGCGGCUUGUUGCUGUUGGUGUGGUGGAUAUCCUUCCGAGGUGCUUAUCAAGUAAAUAUUUAUUCUGGGAUCCAGAUCUUGCUUUCUUGUCCUUAGGUAAGUACUCUGCCCUACAAGAAAUAAGUUGGGUAAAGGAGACCGAAGCUGUUUGUCCUAGCCUUCAAUACUACUAUCUCGGUUAUUAUAUUCACUCGUGCAACAAAAUGAGAUACAAAGCAGCAUACCAGCCAUCUGAGCUUCUCUGUCCUUCUCGUUACAAGUGGGUUUCAUUUUAUAAUGCCAGGCUUUUGCUAGAUAGAAAGCCGUAUGUAGUCUUAUCUGAUUAUGCUACCCUGCCAAAUGAAGAAUCCUCGCCAUGUCAGCUCCCUCAGAAUUCCAGUGGGCAACAAAAUAUGAAUUCUGGUGAAGACGGUCCAGUUGAAUUUGUCAGUGAUGAUGAAGAUGGUGAUGAGGAAAUGUUGGAUCCUGAUUUUGAAGGAUCUGAUGCUGAUGACUCAGACAAGGAUAGUAGUUUAUCAGCCGAUGAAAUAAACGAUAGUGAUGUUGGUAAUGUUUUAAUUGGAUUGAAGAACUCCCGUAUAAGAUUCAAGGAUCUGCAACGAGCGUUUGGUUCCAGCGAAAAGCAUUACAUGGAAACUCAGUUGCAAAGAUACAUGAAGGCUGUGGGUGUAGAACUAUCCGAGCGAAUGGUGUAUUCACUCGGCUAGGUAGAUAGAUACCACUUUAUUUAUGUCUGCUGAUCGCCAUAAGAAAGUCUAUGCUUGUGACAGCAUCUGAAAGUCGCAAUAGAGGUAUCAUAUACUUCUGCGUGCUCCCAAAGAAAAAUAAUGCAAAAAGUCCUAUAUAUGGUCUCGGCUCGUGAAUUGUCUUAUUUUUGCCCAUGUACAAUGUGGGUACAGAUAAUUCGUCUCUGUUAAUAUUUUUAUGUAUAUAGAUUUCUCAUUUUAAUGAACUUUUUUUUCGCCGUAUUGAAUUUCUGGAAGACAUGUUCUUGGAUACAGUUGUCAGUGUCAUCAUCCAUUGUUAAGUGGCUCCAAUCAUGCUUGUCGUGGAGGAUAAUAUUAUUUGAGAUUAACAUA